AUGCACCGGGCCAGUCUGUUGUGUCGUAUCGCGUCGCCCAGCCGGCUCAGCGCCAUCCGAACUGCGUCGUCGACGAGAACUGGAGCAAGAACAACGGCGAUUACUCAGACAAGAAAACAGUCGAUUGCGUCUAGUGUGAAACAGGAACCGUUCCUCAAUGGCUCAUCGUCGGUUUACAUUGAGCAGAUGUACGACGCCUGGCUUCAGGAUCCAUCAUCAGUGCACGCCUCGUGGGAUGCGUAUUUCCGCAACGUCGAAGCUGGAGCCGGGCCCGGUCAGGCUUUCCAGCCACCACCAGCAACCGCUUUCGGAGGAGCUCUUCAGAGAGCACCAGCAUCCGCCUCGCCAGCGGCUGUCGGAAGCGGCGUCGACAUGAACGCUUCGGUUCAAUCGAUCGCUGAUCAUUUGAAAAUCCAGCUUUUGAUUCGCAGUUACCAAACUCGUGGACACAACAUCGCCGAUUUGGAUCCGCUCGGAAUCAACUCGGCCGAUCUUGAUGACACGAUUCCGCCUGAGCUCGAACUCUCGUUUUACGGUCUCGGCGAGCGUGAUCUCGACAGAGAAUUCCUUCUCCCACCAACCACUUUCAUCACUGAAAGUAAGAGUUUGAAAUUGAGAGAUAUUCUUCAACGAUUAAAGGAAAUCUAUUGCACAACCACUGGUGUUGAAUAUAUGCAUUUGAACAAUCUGGAACAACAAGAUUGGAUCAGACGGCGCUUCGAAGCUCCGCGAGUCACCGAACUCUCGCACGACCAAAAGAAAGUUCUUUUCAAGCGACUCAUCCGCUCGACCAAAUUCGAGGAAUUCCUCGCCAAGAAAUGGCCAAGUGAGAAACGAUUCGGACUUGAGGGUUGCGAAGUGCUCAUUCCGGCCAUCAAGCAAGUGAUCGACUCAUCGUCCACAUUGGGUGUUGAUUCGUUCGUCAUCGGAAUGCCGCAUCGUGGCCGUCUCAACGUUCUCGCCAAUGUCUGUCGUCAACCACUCGCCACAAUUUUGUCGCAGUUCUCGACACUCGAGCCUGCCGAUGAAGGAUCCGGCGAUGUCAAAUACCAUCUCGGUGUGUGCAUUGAGCGUCUUAAUCGUCAAUCGCAGCGCAACGUGAAAAUCGCCGUCGUCGCGAAUCCGUCACAUUUGGAAGCUGUCGAUCCCGUCGUUAUGGGCAAAGUGCGCGCCGAAGCGUUCUACGCCGGUGAUGAGAUGUGCGAUCGCACGAUGGCGAUUCUGUUGCACGGUGACGCCGCGUUCGCCGGACAAGGAGUCGUCAUGGAGACAUUCAAUUUGGAUGACUUGCCGAGCUACACAACUCAUGGAGCUAUUCACAUUGUCGUUAACAAUCAAAUCGGAUUCACCACUGAUCCAAGAUCUAGCAGAUCUUCGCCAUACUGUACCGAUGUUGGACGUGUUGUUGGAUGCCCGAUCUUCCAUGUCAACGUCGACGAUCCAGAAGCGGUGAUGCACGUGUGCAAUGUGGCUGCUGAUUGGAGAAAGACGUUCAAGAAGGAUGUCAUCAUCGAUUUGGUCUGCUACAGAAGGCAUGGACACAACGAACUCGACGAGCCAAUGUUCACUCAGCCACUCAUGUACCAGAGAAUUAAGAAGACGCCGACUGCUCUUGAGAAGUAUCAAGAGAAGAUUCUCAACGAGGGUGUUGCCAAUGAGCAAUACGUCAAGGAAGAACUCACCAAAUACGGAGCGAUUCUCGAGGACGCCUACGAAAACGCGCAGAAGGUCACCUAUGUGCGUAAUCGCGAUUGGCUCGACUCACCAUGGGACGAUUUCUUCAAGAAGCGCGAUCCACUCAAGCUUCCGUCAACUGGAAUUGAGCAUGACAACAUUAAUCAUAUCAUUGACAAAUUUGGAUCUGUUCCAGAAGGAUUCAACCUUCAUCGUGGACUUGAGAGAAUUCUCAAGGGACGCAAACAGAUGCUCAAAGAUAACACUCUUGAUUGGGCUUGCGGAGAGGCGUUGGCGUUCGGUUCGUUGCUUAAGGAAGGAAUUCACGUGAGACUCUCCGGACAAGAUGUUGAGCGUGGAACCUUCUCGCAUCGUCACCACGUGCUCCAUGAUCAGAAAGUUGAUCCGAAGACGUACAACCCGUUGAACGAUUUGAUGGAAGGACAAGCCGAAUACACGGUGUGCAAUUCGUCGCUUUCGGAAUACGCGGUUCUCGGAUUCGAGCUCGGAUAUUCGAUGGUUGAUCCAAACUCACUUGUCAUCUGGGAAGCGCAAUUCGGUGACUUCUCCAACACGGCCCAAUGCAUUAUUGAUCAAUUUGUGUCGUCCGGACAAUCGAAAUGGAUCCGUCAGUCGGGACUCGUCAUGCUUCUUCCACACGGUUACGAGGGAAUGGGACCGGAACACUCAUCGGCGAGACCUGAACGAUUCUUGCAAAUGUGCAAUGAGGACGAUGAGAUUGACCACGAGCGUGUCGCGUUCGGAGGAACGUUCGAGGCCCAGCAAUUGCAUGAUACCAACUGGAUCGUUGCCAACUGCACCACUCCAGCCAACAUCUUCCAUCUUCUCCGUCGUCAGGUCACCAUGCCGUUCCGUAAACCAGCAAUCGUAUUCUCGCCGAAAUCUCUUCUCCGUCAUCCAUUGGCUCGUUCGCCAGUCGAGGACUUUGCGCCAGGAUCGACGUUCCAGCGUGUGAUUCCGGAGACUGGAGCACCAACUCAGGAUCCGACUAAGGUGCAGAGACUCGUCUUCUGUACAGGAAAAGUUUAUUACGAUAUGGUUGCGGCGCGCAAAUUUAUUGGAAAAGAGAACGAGGUGGCGUUGGUGAGAGUUGAACAAAUCUCGCCGUUCCCGUACGAUUUGAUUCAACAAGAAGCUAGAAAGUAUGCUGGAGCUGAACUCAUCUGGGCGCAGGAGGAGCACAAAAACAUGGGAGCUUGGACAUUCGUGCAGCCGCGAUUCAACUCAUUGCUGUCGAUCGACGGACGAUCUGUGAAGUACGCGGGACGUCUUCCGUCGUCGUCGCCGGCCACCGGAAACAAAUACACGCAUUUGCAAGAGCAGAAGGAGAUGAUGAGCACGGUGUUCGAUGUGCCGAAAUCGCAGCUCGAAGGAUUCAAGGCUUAA